CGUGCUAAGUGGGUGUACGCGCUGCUCCAGUCUGACACACCCACACGUGCUUUCGCCACACACCGUUUCAAUUCUUUCGAGCCGGUGGGGCUCUGGAGGUCACUGCGUUCUUUUGCAAUGAUUUGCCGGGUUCGAGCAGACAGACGCUCUUCAUAUUAUUAGAAUAUCGGAAGGAUUAUUCGUGCUUUUAUACGUAAUUUUGGAAACAUUUAACUAAAGGAUGCUGAGGCCAGUUUUCCUGACUUAAUCAUUCUUUGACUUUACACAUGCCGUGAAGAGGACUGAGUGAGUGCACGUAUUUUAAAUUGACUAAUCAGCAUUUUGAAAGUUAAAGGGAUACACUAGUAAACCGCCUACUUUUCAUAACUUUUUUCAUUUAAAAGCAAUCUGUGGACUUUUGAGAGUAAAUUGCAUCAUAUGAUAAACCACAUAAAAUGUAAAAGGAGAAAAAUAAGAAAAUUUUAAAUUAGCAAUUGAAAAACUAACACAAACAGAAGGAAAACAUGGAAGUUGAGAAAGUUUACUCCUAGAACCAAGCAAUUUCUUUUAUCAAUGAGCUGACUAAAUGUAUGAGUAAUCGGUGACAUAUAGUAGCUGGAAAGAUGGCAUUAAAGUGAAAUAGGAAACUUGUGAAUGAUGAAUAUUGAAAAGGAGAAACAAUGAUGUGACGUAAGUUUUUACUUCACAAAAGUUCAAAUUUGCUACGAACUGUGAAACCUUUUGGAAACUGUUGAUUUUCAUGAAAACUUCAUUAAAAAGACAGUCAAUUAGGAAAUAAAACAACACGUAUCCAACUUAAUUCUCCCAUUGAACAUAGUUUGUGCGUUCACCUAACUAUACAUCAUUACAAGAGACCGAAACAUUUCGAAACUGAGCGAGGAAAGUGUGGAAAAGAAUUCUCGUUUUCGAAUCUUCGCCAUGUAUGAGAUUUGAAAAUUUGUACCUUCGUACUGAGUAAAGCAGGGACUAUGAGCGGGAAGGCAAGGACACAUUCCGGUGUCCUACGGACGCUUGUGUUCUUGUCUUUGCUGAUUCUUCUCAUCGCUAUCAUCAGUUGUUCAGGUGUCGGAGGCAGCGUCAUCGGAGGAGUAGGAAUUGGUGGAGGAGGAGGAGGACGAGGAGGGGCAGUGCGGGGGGAAGGCCCCAGACUGACCGUGACUCCCCCUUUGUACGUCGUCUUCUCCUCCGGGUCGGGGGUCGUUCUGGGAUGUCUGGCGGAGGGCUCGCCGCCCCCCGUCGUGACCUGGGUCACUGGAGAGGGUCGCCCCCUGUCCGCACAGUCGCCUUACAUCGACAUCCUGGCUAACGGGUCCUUGGCGGCUUGA